UCCAGCCUUCUCCUCUAGUUGGACACAUCGCAAGUAAUUGAUUAUACACUGUAAAAAUAUUGUAAAACGACAAAUUUAUGUGAAUAAAAUAUCAAUCGAUUGCAUCGUACAAAGCGGAAAUAUUAAAUACUCAAAGAUUCAGCGAUAAGAAAUAUGAAGUUAGCACCGCGAGAGUUGGAGAGCUUAUUGGUCCAUCAAGCAGGAUGUGUGGCACAGAGACGGCUUGCUCGUGGUCUUCGCCUGAAUCACCCCGAAACCAUAGCUAUAAUUGCAUCACAGAUACAAGAGCUGAUCAGGGAGGGAUAUACAGUUUCAGAACUGAUGUCAAAAGGAAGAGAGAUGAUUGGGUUUAACCAAGUGAUGCCCGGUGUUGCCGACAUGAUUCAUGAAGUACAAGUAGAAGGAACAUUUCCGGAUGGGACUAAACUCGUGACAGUUCACAAACCAAUAUGUCGAAAAGAUGGCGAUCUUGAAAUUGCUCUUUAUGGAAGCUUUCUACCUAUUCCCAAGCUAGAAAAAUUCAAUGAGGCCAAAGGACAUCCAAUUCAGGAGGGAGUAUGCGAUGCUCAAUUGGAUGUCAAGCCAGGAGAGUUAAUACCUAUCAGCGGUGAUAUUGAACUUAACAAAGGACGUAAGACAAUAUCACUAAGUGUUACCAGCCUUUGUGACAGACCCAUUCAGGUUGGGAGUCAUUAUCAUUUUAUCGAGACAAACAAAUAUCUACAGUUUGACAGAAAAGCAUCAUAUGGUAUGAGACUGAAUAUUCCUGCAGGAACAGCAAUCAGAUUUGAACCCGGAGAAACAAAAGCAGUAGACCUUGUUGAAAUAAGCGGAAAUAAAAUUAUAAGAGGAGGCAACUUCCUAUGUGAUGGUCCAGUUGAUGACAGAGCUUUAGUUAAGGUGAUGGAAACGGUAGAAAGUAGGAAAUUUGGAAACAAAAAACAAGAGGAAAUAAAAUCUGCUUUAAAGAAAUGUAUAAUUCCAAGACCACAAUAUGCGUUGAUGUUUGGACCCACUGUACGAGACAAGUUGCGAUUAGGAGACACUAGUCUCGUCAUAGAAGUGGAAAAAGAUUUUACUGUGUAUGGAGAUGAGAUCAAAUUUGGUGGUGGAAAGGUAAUACGUGAAGGUAUGGGACAAGCCUCGAACAGAAUGAACGUGAAUUGGGAUAUACUUGACACAGUUAUUACAAACGCUUUGGUGGUAGAUGCUGUUGCUGGUGUAGUCAAAGCAGAUAUUGGUAUAAAAGAUGGUAAAAUUGCAGGAAUAGGAAAAGCUGGAAAUCCAGAUUGCAUGGAAGGUGUCACACCUGGAAUGGUUGUUGCAGCAGGAACAGAAGCAAUAGCAGGAGAAGGUCUUAUUAUUACAGCUGGUGCUCUAGAUGGCCACGUUCAUUUCAUUUGUCCUCAACUAGCGCGAGAAGCUAUUGCAUCAGGCAUUACAACUAUGUUUGGAGGCGGGACAGGUCCUGCUACAGGCACCAAUGCCACUACGUGUUCGCCUGGUCCAAACCAUAUAAGGGAUAUGUUGCAAAGUACUGAUGCAUUUCCUCUGAACUUUGGAUUCACAGGAAAAGGAAAUUCCUCAAGGUCGUUUGAACUAGCGGCUGAUUUAAGUGAACAGAUUUUAGCUGGAGCGAUAGGACUGAAGUUGCAUGAAGAUUGGGGGACUACUCCAGCCGCCAUUGACACCUGUCUGAAUGUUGCAGAAAAAUACGAUGUGCAGGUUACAAUUCACACAGACACACUGAAUGAAUCGGCUUGUGUAGAACAAACAAUUGAAGCAUUUAAAGGAAGAUGUAUUCACACGUACCAUUCAGAAGGUGCAGGCGGAGGUCAUGCUCCAGACAUUAUCAAAGUCGUUGGGGAGAAGUCUGUGCUUCCAUCAUCAACAAAUCCUACUAGACCAUACACUGCUAAUACUAUUGAUGAACACUUAGACAUGUUGAUGGUGUGUCAUCAUUUAGAUAAGAAUCUCAAAGAAGAUGUUGCCUUUGCCGAGUCAAGAAUUCGGGCAGAAACAAUCGCUGCAGAAGAUAUUUUACAUGAUGUUGGUGCAAUCAGCAUAAUGGCAUCAGAUUCACAGGCUAUGGGAAGAAUAGGAGAAGUCAUAUGUAGAACUUGGCAAACAGCUGACAAGAUGAAACUCUUCAGAGGUCAGCUGGGAGAUGAAAAGGGUGAAAAUGACAAUUUGAGAGUGAAAAGAUAUGUAGCUAAGUACACAAUCAAUCCUGCAAUUGCUCAUGGAAUGAGCCAUAUGAUUGGGUCAGUUGAAGUUGGAAAAAUGGCAGACCUUGUUUUAUGGAAUCCAGCAUUUUUCGGAGCAAAGCCGGAAAUAAUCAUUAAAGGAGGACAAAUAGCGUGGGCUCAAAUGGGAAUGCCAAAUGCAUCUAUUCCGACUCCUGAACCAGUUAAACAGAGAAAAAUGUUUGGUGCUUAUGGAAGAUCUGUUGGAACACAUUCGGUGGCCUUUGUAUCUGCGGCAUCAAUUCAAAAAGGAGUGGUACAAGGUUAUGAUUUGAAAAAGAGAUGUGAGGCUGUCAAGAAUAUAAGAAAUGUUACUAAGGAGGACAUGGUUUUGAAUAAUUACUUGCCGAACAUUUCAGUGGAUCCAUACUCCUACAAAGUUCACAUAACGGAUGAGAAAGAUAAGAAAAAACAAAUUCAUCUGACCUGUCCACCAGCACAAAGACUUGCUCUAGCUCAAAGAUAUUUUAUGUUUUGAGUGCUAUGAAUAGCUCCUUCUAAGAUACAUUUCCCUGAAAAACUUAUAUUUGUUCAGAGACAUAUACAUUUGUAUAUAUAUAUAUAUGUCUCUGUAUUUGUCGGAAACAGAAACAAUGAAAUAUAUGUUGAAGUACAUUGUACAUGUAUAAAUAACCUUAAAAGUUCUGUUUGGAGAAAAAAUCAGCCGCAUUUAGCCAUUUUCGUGACAACAGACUUUUUUUAUGUUUCACAAAUAUCGCAUUUAUAUAAAGAAUAUAACUUAUGCCAUGGGAACGUAUGUUAACACCAUGAUUAUGUUAAAUGAUAUACUUUGCACACUUUCCGUUUUUUUGAAUUACAUAUAAAAUAUAUGCAUAUAUAAACUAUAUACAUCAUCUGACAGCUUAUUAUACAGAUCUGAUUAAAUUGCAAUUAUUUUCCUAUUAAUAUCAUUAUAUGCUUGGUGCUAUUAUUCAGUUUUACCAUAUUUCUCGUCUUUUCUAGUUUAAUUGAAUGUGUAUGUUUUGAUUCUCUGAAUCAUAGACUUUUUCCAAUGAUAUAAAAUCCUUUUCAUUUUAAAAUUAUCAUUUUCCAGUGAUACAAAAGCAUUUUCUUUUAUAUUUAUUUUCAUGAAAGAUAGAAAUUGGUUCACUUUUAUCUAUGAUGAGCAUAUUUGUUACCUUUGUUUCCUUUUAUCAUCGGCAAAUAAAGUGACCUACUUCUCUUAACUACUCUUCAGUAAUAAAUAAAUAUAUUUAAUGGAAACGUGAACUGUUUGCAAACUGUGCAGCAUAACUUGAGUUAAAUUCAUUCUAAAUUAUUAUAACUCUAAAUAAUUGUUGUUGAUCACUGGAUUGAACAAUGAUGAAGGAUCAAAACAAGUGUAAUUAACUGUUUAGUAUUUAAUGCAUACUAUAUGUAUUUGCUAUGAAAGAGUUGGAUGCUCGUUCUAUUUUUUUUUAGGAUUAAUUAAUAUCUACCCUUUGAGAAUAUAGCUGUACAGAUAAUAAAUGGUGGUUACGUCCUGUGAAAAUGUAAUACGUUUUUUCAAUAAGUCAAUAUCCGUCGUUUUUUUUAUUGGAAACUAAUUCUGUGCAAUCUUUGUUUAUCUGGGGUUGAUUUGCAAGUAUAGUGGAAUGUGUAUCGUCUUCACUCAAGGAUCGCCGUUAAGAAGCGCCAUCUGAUUGUAGGUCAUGGGGUUAUAAUGAAACGUUUCAACUGUGUGUGGGGGUAAAUCCAGACAAGCAAUUUGAACGCACAAAAUUAUAUAAAGUGUUAUUUUUAUUAAAUCAUUUCAAAUUCUAAAUUCAAUAGGAUUUUAACAAUGUUACAAAUGUAUCAACAAAGAAGUGACAAGCAAGUAAACGAUAUGAGUUUAAAAUGUUUUCUGUUCAUUACAAUGUGUCUGAUUUUAAAAGAUUGUCUGUUUUGAUGGUAUGAUGUCUUUAUAUGAUAAAAUUGUCGUAUGAAAAGCGCAAUAGUUUCACUUUACAUUGAAUGCUUGAAAAUGUGUAUGUCAGCAAAUAACUUACAAAUGAUAAUACAAAUCUAAUAUUAUAGCAACUUCCCUGACCUAGUAAUUGGAAACUAGAUGAUAUUCAUCAAUGGUUACCAUAUAUGAGAGUGUGGAUGGGGAUAAACAUAAUAGGGAAUAAUGGGAAAAAAAUAUAUAGAACAGAGAAAAACGGACCAAAAAAAUAAAGAAUAGAGAAUAAUGAGGUGCUACAAUAUAAAGAAUAGAGAAUAAUUGGCAAAAGUAUAAAGAAUAGAGAAAAAAAAUGGCCUAUUAAAAUAAAGAAUGCAGAAAUGAAGAACCCCCAAUCCAGACCCUCAAAUAUCUCGUCAUUUCCAGUUUGAGUGUUUGAACUUGGGCUUGAGUGUUUGAACGGGCUUUAUCUAGCACUGUUCUUCGUAAAUCUGUGACCGACGUAAUUUUAUAAUUAUAAUUUGCACUUUAAAUGAAAAUAGGAAUAAAUAAGAAUAAAUUGAUUCUUUAUUUCAAAUUGAUAAAGAUUCAAUAAAAUGAAAAAUUUUGUAUCCCAUGUUUUAAAAUCGAAUAUAAAGUAAAAUCACAAAAAUACUGAACUCCGACGAAAAUUCAAAAAGGAAAGUCCCCAAUCAAAUGGCAAAAUCAAAAGUUCAAACACAUCAAAAGAAUGGAUAACAACUGUCAUAUUUCUGACUUGGUACAGGCAUUUUCUUAAGUAGAAAAUGGUGGAUUGAACCUGGUUUUAUAGCUAGCUAAACCUCUCACUUGUAUGACAGUCGCAUCAAAUUCCAUUAUAUUGACAAUGAUGCGUGAACAAAACAAACAGACACAAUAGGUAAACAUGUCAAAAAUAGGGGUACAGCAGUCAACAUUGUGUUAUCAUCUUAAUCACUAUAAGUGUCGCCGAUUUCCAUUUCAUUUCGCUAAUUUUAUUGUCUUUUUCUUUAAUAUUGGUUGUUAAUUUUGAAUUUUGUUGCAAAAAUUAAUUAGUAAAAAUGCUCUUUAUGUUAAAUUGACAUUUUAACAUACAGACAGAACAAGAUAACAAGAUCUUACAUGCAAAAGUACUUUUCCAAAUUUCAUAAUUUUGUUUUUAGGGUAUCUUUUUUUGGUGGCAAACACUUCAGCGACUUAAGUUCCGAAAUCAUCAGAUAUACGCGAUAAUGCAUUUGAAUUUAUCUUUAAGCAGUACAUUAAAUGAACCAACAGAUCAUGUAAUUUCUACUUUGUUAUAUUCCAUCUUCAAUUAUUUGUAUGUUGAUUUAACAUAAUAUCUUCAUUUAGACAAGAAAUUAACUUUGUAAUUGUACACUGAUAUUAAACUAGAUCUGUUUGCUGA